AGUUCCCCUGUUGCACUGCUGAAAGCGUGUCCGAACAUGUUGUGUCCAUGGCAAAGGGUGUUUAUUUGUCCCUCUGUGCAGUGAGACAUAACCUGGUUCUUCUUUCUGCAGGCGAUUGCUGUUCCUGGAGGAGGCUGCUAAUGGCAUCGAUGGAAGCCCUGUAUACUGCUCUGCAAGAUCAGAUCCAGUCCUUUGAGGAACACAUAAGAAGCUGCCAGCAAGCUUUUGACAUUGACACCCUUUACAAUGUGUUGCUGCUGCUGUCCCCUGCUGCAGAUAUCCAGAGCCUCGAACAGCUGGAACAGCUUGUUGAGUCCAGGGAGCAGGAUGGACAGGAUAGAGUGAGGAUCACAGCUGGCUGUGAUAAGUGUGACAUUGCCAGUUACAUCUCCUGGUUUGUCUCCUAUGUGCGGUACCUGGGCUCCUUGAAAGGGUCGUUUGACACCAAGGUUGUGUUUCCAUUGUGUGAAAACCUGUACGUUAAUGAUGACUCGCUUGAUGCAUUGACCUUUGGACACAGGAGAGGACAUGGCCUUCAUGCCCCAGCAUCCGUUGCACGCACAGCCAAGCAGUUGUUCUCUGCCAGGAGAAAAUGGGCUUUGCUCCUGAAAGGGGACACAAUUGAUGCGCAGUUUUUCAGCCCCCAAAGCUGGCUUGAUGUGCAGGGCUUUGGCAAUGCCUGUCCCUUUGGGAAGGUCCUGAGGUUGGUUCCUGACCUCUUUCACAAGGGCUUGGCUACUGCCCAGCUUGCCAGGCUGUGGGUGGAGCGCCAUGCCAGCAGCCACGGCACCCGCCCAGUGCCCUCAGAUCUAGGCUCAACCAAGAGAGGCAAAGGACUGGCUGCAGACAGCUCGGAACACCAUGGGUACAACAGUUCCCUUUGCCAACCUGGGUUACCUCAAGCCCAACAUGAUUGCUUGGAGUUUUGGCUGCCACCGAAAGCCAGCAGCAGCAGGUGCAGCAACGAGAGGGGCACCUGCCUGACAAGUGCCAGCCAGGGAAGGAACGAGCUGCACGAGAUCCGUGGGGAACUCAUGUCCCUGCUGUGGCGGGAGGAACGUUCUCUGAGCUUGGAAGCAGAGAUUCAGGAGGUAAACCAGAGUAUUUCCAACCUGCGGCAUCACCAGGUGGCUAAGGAAAGGGAACUGGAAGCCCUUGAGCAGCAACUGGAGAAAGAACAUUUGAGUGUGCCCUGCCCACAGCGCCAGGCUGUUCUCUGUGAGCUGGAUGCCUUGGGGAGGCAGCUGAGGCUGGAAGAAUACCGCAAGAGCAUCCUGCAAGGUGACUGGCUGCUAGAGUUGGAGGUCAGGCCAGUCCUUAUGCGACCAAUAAAUACACUGCAGGAACGCUGCCAGGGGCUUGCACAGCUAUUGCAGGGUAGGGAAGAGGUUCCCCUGGAUCUUCAGCGUGCCAAUGAAACAGAGACUCUCCCUUCUGCUUGGUUGCCUGCCUCUCAAAUGAAGGUCGACUUGCCUCUGGGUGCAUCACUUAAUAUAUACCACCCCAAGCCUAGCUUUCGUUAGGUUGAUCACUGCAAUGUAUUUUACUUUGGGCUGCCAUUCAUGACUAUCCAGAAGCUCCAUUCAGUGUGAGACACAGUGAUCCAUCUCCUGUCACAGGGAGCAUUUUAAACCACUGCUCUAACAUUGGUAACGGCUUUCUGUGAUCGUCUGGGCGCAAUUUGGGCUGUUAGUUUUAACCUGUAACGUUCUAAAUGACUUGGGGCCAACAUACCUAAAGGUUGCACAACAAUUAUGGAACUCUGUCUUGUUGCAGAGUCAGUGAAACCAAAGCUUGAACAGUUAUUUGGAAGCACUGUGAAGCCUUUUUGAAUGAGGUAGCUUGGGGAGGCGUGAUUUAAGCUGGUAGAGCAAGGGUGGGAAAUCUGCAGCCCUCCAGAAGACUCCCAGCACCCAUCAUUACUAAUCAUUGGCUUUGAGAGUCAGAGUUGGGAAUCCAACAACAUGUGGUAGAGAGUUUGGAUUUUUAACAUAUAUAUUUUUUUACACCAGUUGGUGUUCUAGUUUGGGAUGGGGUAGGUUAUAUAUAUUGAUUGCUAAAUAAAACAAUUCGGCAUGGUGUCUCUUUUGUUGGUGAAAACUGUUCAGGUAGAUCUGUUGUUGCCCCUGGAAUGUCCAUAACCUGCAAAGAACACCCUUCCCAAACCCAUCCUCUAGUCUAGCAUCUAGUAGCAGCAGCUUUAAUUCCAGUUUCUAGUAAUAGCUACAGUUGUGCAAGGUAGGAUGCAAGUGAGAAUUGCUAGCUUCUGUAUGGGUUUGGAUAGCUCUUGCUUGCACAGCACAGGACCUUGUUCCACUGUAGUGUAGCGAGUACACAAUGUGUAUAUUUUGCUGAGAUGCUGUUUUUAACACACACACACAGAGACUGUUAGUAGCUCAACAUGGCGUAUUCCUUGUUCACUUGUCUGGGUUUCCAUACACUCGGCGCAUGCAGCUGUUUAUAAAACAGAACUAGAACUUGGUGACAAGUAUUUCCCCAGAGUAUCAGCCACCAAGAAGUUUUCCGAUAAAGUAAAGGGAAGCAAAACAGGAACCAGAAUCUGGGUGGGGAAGCUGACCAAAUUCCAAAUGAGAACCAGUCUGUGGUGGUGAUGAAAUCAAUCAUGACUUGAAGUCAUGAUAGUCAGUGGACUGCAUGAUGGGGGGAAACGGGGACACAUGUUGCUGAUGGAGUUCAGCCACCGCUGGCUACUCAAGUUUGUGACCUGGGGUGCUCCUGCAGCUACUGCUGCACCUUGAACUCGUUUAAGAGUGUGGUGGAGGCCAGAAGUGCUUUUUACUACCCUGAGAAGGCUACCACCCUUUCUGUUGCAAUUAGACCUUGCCAUUACUGUACAAUAAAUGAGAGUUCUGAUGCGCAGUAGCUGAGAAUUUGACCAGAGAAAACCCUGGUUCAAAUCCCACCCAAGUAACAGGAUGUAGCUUCAGGCAAGUCCAGGGAUGGGGGAAACAAGUGGCUCUCCAGAUGUUGUUGGACUCCAACUCUCAUUAACCCCAGCCAGCAUGGCCAAUGGUUAGGGAUGGUGGAAGUUGUAGUUGUAGAAGGCCACAGGUUCCUCAUUAGUGGUCUGGAGAGCCACAGCUUACCUACAGCUUCCAGUCUAUACUAUGGAGGUGGUAUUAUUGACAUCUUAAGGUAAA